UAUUUAUCCAGGAUGAUGGGCUGUAUAGUCUUCUGUCCAGAACCGGUAUCCAAAUUCAGCAGCAUCUUUCUGCUGCUACUGAUUCUUUUAGCUGAGGUCACCUACUCGGCUGAUCUCGCGAUUGAGAUACCAGGCAAUCUGAGUCAGGGUGGUUCCUGGUACCGUUUGGAUUACAGCCCACCCGUUGGCUCUCCACCGCCGAACACCACCAUAGCCGCCACUGACAUCGGUGAUGUCAUAAAGUUCAGGGACGGUCUGCCUGGGACGAGAUACGAAUACUGGCUGUACUACAGCAACAGCACUCUACACGAUUGGCUGACGUGGACUGCGUCAAUUACGACACCACCCGAUCCUCCAUCAAAUUUGACGGUAUCGGUACGAAAUGGAAAGACCGCGAUCGUAUAUUGGUCGCCUCCGGCUCAAGGGAAUUAUUCCGGUUUCCGGUUGCGGACACAGAGCUUCAGCGAUACCGGAAAUCCCAAAACCACCGUCAUCCCCGUCGACUCGGUGCCCUACACACUACGUGAUCUCACGCCUGGUGCCACAUAUUCGCUUCAACUCUUCACCGUGUUGGACGCUAAAGAAAGUGUCGCUUAUACCAGCAGAAAUUUUACGACAAAGCCAAACAUCCCGGGAAAGUUCAUCGUCUGGUUCAGAAACGAGACAACGCUGCUGGUGCUAUGGCAACCGCCUUAUCCGGCCGGAAUAUACACACACUACAAAAUUAGCAUAGACCCAUCUGAUGCGAUAGAAUCUGUUCUCUAUGUGGAGAAGGAAGGCGAACCACCUGGUCCUGCACAGGCAGCUUUCAAAGGACUCGUUCCAGGUAGAGCAUAUAACAUUUCCGUGCAGACGGUUUCCGAAGACGAAACAUCCGCGCCUACUACAGCCCAAUAUCGUACAGUACCGCUGCGUCCCCUCAAUGUGACCUUCGACAAAUCCUCUAUAACAUCAACUUCCUUUCGCAUGUUUUGGAACCCUCCCAAUGGAACGUCCGAGUUCGACAAGUAUCAAAUAUCGCUCGGUAGUAAUCGGAGGCUUACGCCAGUCACGCGAAACCGAGACGAUGAGAACAGAUGGGAGUUCAAAGACUUGGAGCCUGGCAAAACAUAUCAAGUGGUAGUGAAAACUGUUUCUGGCAAAGUCACCAGCUGGCCGGCUAGUGGAGAUGUCACUUUAAAACCAUUACCUGUUCACGAUCUCAGAGCGGUGAUCGAUGAAAAAACUGGUAUGGUAGAAGUUUCGUGGAGUCCAGAAAAUUCCAGUACACAAGAUAGUUACAAGCUACAGUAUCAUGAAGUAGAAACAACGAUUGGUGGCGAUAGUAACACUUUGACGACUGAUAAAACAAAGGUUACGCUGGAAGCUCUGCUGCCCGGAAGAAAUUAUUCCAUAAUAGUUCAAGCGAUUAGCAAUAAAAUCGAGUCAAACGAAACCGUCCUUUACCAAGCAACACGUCCCGCUAGUCCUGUAAUUGAAGAUCUGAAGCCUAUUGAAAAAGGUUUAAAUAUUUCCUGGAAAAGCGACGUCAAUUCAAAACAAGAGAAAUUCGAAGUGACCCACAACAGAAAUGACACUGGAGAAAGUGCAACCACUCUAACUACGGAAUCGCAUAUUGUCUUAGAAGACCUUUAUCCUGGUGCAGCAUAUGAAGUUAAAGUCUUUGCCAUUAGUCAUGGACUUCGAAGUGAACCACACGAUUACUUGCAAGCCGUUCUGCCUCAUCCACCGAAAAAUCUCAGUAUCGAAAAAGUCACAAGCAAUACCGUUGUUGUGCACUGGGAAGCGCCGACGGACUCAAUAUUUACCGAAUACUCCAUCAGAUAUCGUACAGAAGACGAUCCCAGAUGGGUCAAACUUCCCAGUGUUCGUGACACGGAAGCAGAAGUGGCGGAUAUGACACCUGGUGAAAGAUAUACUAUACAAGUAAAUACCGUCAGUUAUGGCGUCGAAAGCUUGUAUCCAUUGCAAGUGAAUCACACAGUCAGGCCUAAUCCAGUUCUAAAUAUCACUCCAAUUAUCGACUCUACCAACGUAACUCUCGAAUGGCCGCGACCUGAGGGUCGCAUCGAAACCUACGUUAUAAGAUGGUGGCCAGUAGAGAAUCCAGAGGACUCCAGGAUGAAGAACGUUAGUGAGACUAACGAUGUAUCCGAUAUUAGUUUCGAAGAAAACACUGUGCAAACCGAGAAGAUCCUGGUGAGCGACCUGAUGCCUGGAGUACAGUAUUUCUUCGUCGUCUACACGAUCUCAUAUGAUCUAGUCAGCGACAUCACUAAUUUAACUACAAGAACGAUGCCACUGAUCCAAUCCGAGGUCGUCGUAGUAGUCGACCGAGACCAACCAGGAUCAUUGACCUUAAGAUAUACACCGACGCCAAUUCAAUCCUCGAGGUUUGAUCUCUACCGAUUCAGGAUUAGCGAUGAGCAUAACACCACGAAGGAGCGUAUGGUGGAUGACAUUGAUACCAAGGUUUCUUUUGUUGGAUUAACACCUGGCAAGCUAUAUAAUGUGACUGUUUGGACAGUAAGCGAUAAUGUGGAGAGCAGACCUCUCCUCCGGCAAGACCGACUCUAUCCUGAACCGAUCACUGCGAUCCAUGCGAUCGACGUAAAUGAUACGAGGAUCACUUUGACCUGGGACAUCCCGCAUGGAGAGUACAAUACUUUUGAAGUACAAUAUAUAAAUACGGAAGGAAACUACAUCCAAAAUAUAACCUCGGUCAACGUGAUCACUAUUUUUGAUCUGAAGCCGCAUAGAAAUUAUACAUUCACAUUGGUUGUACGUUCGGGUACAGAAUCCUCUUACUUGAGAGUCUCAAAUCCACUCAGCGCCAGCUUUACCACCAGCGAAUCAUAUCCAGGAAAGGUGGAGAAGUUUCAUCCUAUCGACAUUCAACCAAGCGACAUCAGCUUCGUAUGGUCUCUGCCAAGCCAAGAGCAAAAUGGCAUCAUUACCAAAUUUAGCAUCACUUAUGGUUUAGAAGGCUCGACCCAUACCCAGAUGCAGGACUUCAGGCCAAUCGAGUUCCGUGGUGUUAUUAAAUCCCUCAUACCGGGCAAGACUUAUAUCUUCCGGAUUCAAGCGGAGACAAAGAUCGGUUUUGGUCCUGAGACGGUCUGGAAGCAGAAAAUGCCGAUAUUAGCACCGCCGAAGCCAUCCACGCAAGUGGUACCGACCGAGGUCUGUAAAAGUAGCACGACAAUUCAAAUCAGAUUUAGGAAAAACUACUUCAGCGAACAGAAUGGAGCGGUCACGUCGUACAGCAUCAUUGUUGCCGAAGAUGACAGCAAGAAUGCUUCCGGAUUGGAGAUGCCCAGUUGGAGGGACGUCCAGGCUUACAGCAUUUGGCCACCUUAUCAGGUAAUGGAGCCAUAUUAUCCUUUCAAAAAUGGAUCUGUGGAAGACUUCACGAUCGGCUCCGAGAAUUGCGACAACAAAAUUGGAUAUUGUAAUGGACCAUUGAAAUCAGGAUCUACUUAUCGGGUGAAAGUACGUGCGUUUACAGCACCAGACAAAUUUACGGAUACCAGCUACAGCUUCCCUAUUCAAACAGAUAAGGACAACACGGCCAUCAUAGUCGGUGUCACCGUCGCCAUAGCAUUGCUGCUAUUUCUAUUGGGUAUCGGGCUGUUUAUGCGAAGGAGAAGAAGUCAGGGUCGCAAGACAACAGAAACCAGGGCAACCGAUAAUUUAUCAUUGCCAGACAGCGUCAUUGAGACUAGCAGGCCCAUCAAAGUCGAAGAUUUUGCCGAGCAUUAUCGCACUAUGUCAGCGGAUUCUGAUUUCCGGUUUUCGGAAGAGUUUGAAGAAUUAAAGCAUGUCGGAAGAGAUCAACCAUGCACUGCGGCGGAUUUGCCUUGUAAUAGACCGAAGAAUCGCUUCACAAAUAUUCUUCCAUACGAUCAUAGUAGAUUUAAACUUCAACCUGUUGAUGAUGAGGAGGGCUCCGAUUACAUUAAUGCCAAUUAUGUUCCGGGUCAUAAUUCACCACGAGAGUUUAUCGUGACUCAAGGACCAUUACAUUCGACUCGUGAUGAUUUUUGGCGAAUGGUUUGGGAAAGUAACAGUAGGGCGAUCGUCAUGUUAACGAGAUGUAUCGAGAAAGGCAGAGAAAAAUGCGAUCAUUAUUGGCCGAUGGAUACUUUACCGGUUUAUUAUGGAGACAUCUGUGUCACGAUACUCAAUGAGACACAUUAUCCAGAUUGGAGUAUCACAGAAUUUAUGUUGUGUAGAGGUGAUGUGAAGAGAGUGAUACAACAUUUUCAUUUUACUACUUGGCCGGAUUUCGGCGUUCCCAGUCCACCGCAAACUUUAGCGAGGUUCGUGCGAGCGUUUAGAGAACGAGUCAGGCCCGAUCAGAGGCCUAUAGUCGUUCAUUGCAGCGCUGGCGUAGGUCGUAGUGGUACUUUCAUCACUUUAGACAGAAUACUGCAACAAAUUCUCGUAUCGAAAUACGUCGAUAUCUUCGGAAUCGUUUGGGUGAUGAGAAAAGAACGGGUCUGGAUGGUACAGACGGAGCAGCAAUAUAUCUGUAUCCAUCAAUGUCUUUUAGCCGUUCUGGAAGGACAAGACACUACUGGACCACCACGAGAGAUUCAUGACAAUCAGGGAUUCGAAGGCAAGAAUCGAAGUUCGGUCGAAAGCACUAAGAGUCCUGCCGAGGAUGAGAAGGAGAGGUGACCUUCGAACAGCGAUUCCUGCAUCGAGGAUGACGAAGGAAUAGCUGAAUCAGGAAUGUGAUGAUUUGAUUGCUGGUUAGGAGCAAUGAUCAAUAGCAACAAAAACGAAUCUCGUUUUCCAAAGGUACUUGAAUCACCAGAAUUUUUCAAGUUUCCGUGGAAAAGAAAAACAUAAAAGCAAAGAAAUGACAAUCUAAAUCGAAUGAAGGCGAAAGCAAACAGUGCAAGAAUAAUUAUUUAGAAAUUAGUUAGGUCGCGUGUGAGGAGAUAAUCAGUGAAAAAAAGAAAGAAUUUUAUAUUAAGCAAUGGUUGAGCACAAACAGGUUUUUAUUUCUGUGUCAGUUACAUAUCGAAGUUAAGCGUGUUCAAUACGUGAUACGAGUAGAAUAAUUUCACGAUUAAGAUAAUUAUAUCAGAGAAAUAUGAAAAGAAUGUGCCGUAAAGGACUAUCAGAGAGGGAGACAAAAAGACGAUGUCAAACUGAAUAUGCUGCCAAGUGUGGGAUUACGAAUCAAAUGCGUGCGCGAUGUUAUAUACGCGUUGUGCUACGGUCGGAGAGAUUAUGUCAUUAUUAAUAUAUAACUCAUGUAUACAUAUCUUAUAUAAAUAGUAGGAAACUGAUAAGGCGCGCAAUGUUGGUAGAUGUAGAUCGUAUAUUAUAACGAGUGCAAAGAUGCAUAUUCCACUGGUUGUGUCACGAUGAGGCCUCGAACCACAUCGCAUCCGCAAUGAGUCUAUUGAACGUCUUUGUUAAGUCGCAAUAUAUAAGACAGUAUUUUCGAUCGAUUGGAUCGUGACAUUGCGAAAUGGUACCUUGGUUCAUUCCGAGUGCAAAUGUUCUUCUGAGAUUACCACCAAUAAUACUUUGUUCAUAUUUCGCGUUCUAUUCGAACGGACGCAUAAAAGAUUAUCCUAUAAUACGUUAUCUUAUUAUCUUUUGCAGAAUUAACGUAGUAUGGUUAGAUAAAAUUUAAAAGCGAUCCGUUGCAAAAGCGAGAUGCAAAACACUCAACAAUCAUGUUGGUUGAGUUAUCGUUCGAAAUGGCAAACCGUCCGUCCAACAGCCAUGUAAGAGACGCGUGCUAGACGAUGGUUUGAUAAAUAAUAAUGUUAAUAUUAAAACGAAUUAUCUAGGAGAAAGAAUUGGAAAGACGAGCGAGUGUAGGUGUGCGGAGCUUUUAAUCGAUCCUUCUUUUUGAGAUGAGCGAAACGAUAUCAGUGGGAACAAGAAACUCGCAUUUUCGUAGAAGCCAUAUCAUUUUUUGAAGAAGUCAGAGUACGUGUGUAUAUGUGUGUAUGCGUGUAGAUAGAUGCGCGCGUGAAUGUAAGUAAUCAAUCGAUAAUCAAUUGAAGCUAUGUAUUAUCACCUCUUAUCAUCGUGAAUCGUGAUCGCCGUUGAAAAGCAAUUGAACUUCACAAAUAGAGUGCAUUCGUUUAUGCAGCGUUUAUUAGAGCAGAGGAUAUUACUUUAUCCUUAUUGUUCACCGAAGUAUUAAACAAAGAUAAAAUGACACUCUCUGCACUAAUCGCUGCGUAAACGAAUGCAUUAAUAUGUAUAAAUAAUCGUCAUAUCGCGAUAAGUUCUCGCUAGCUUCAAAUAUACAGGCCUUAAUUUUGCAAUUCGUAGUUGAUCCUCAACGACAACCGUGGCGGGAUAUAUAAAAGAAUCGAAUGAUCAUUUUUAGUAUUCAAUGUCGCUUUUGCGGCCAUAUACAAAUAUAUGUACUUAAUUUUGUAUUCUCGUUAAAAGCGUGGUAAAACGUAAUUGAUUGCACAAUGUAAGUGAACUUACAAUUAGUUUAAUAAUCAGGGUUGCUGAAUUUUCUCUGUCAGAUUCUUUAAAAAAAUGAAAUUUACAGGAAAAGAAGGAGAAAAAAUUUCGUGUUCGUCGAUGUUGUAUUUUUGGAUAAGCAUUUUUACACCGGUCACAUUGUGAACCGUAAAUCUAUAAACGAUUGCAAGGGCUGUUAAAAAUUACAUUUUACAGUAAGCGCUACUUAGAGUUUAUAUUAAUCCGCUACUCACUUAUGAGCGUCAAUGACACAUAUCCAUAGACUUCUUCUUUUUUUAUGGAAAU